AUGGUGAACAAGUCUAGAAAAGAUUGGUCUCUCAAACUCGAUGAUACUCUUUGGGCCUUAAGGACGGCAUACAAGACCCCCAUUGGUACAACCCCUUACCGGUUGGUUUAUGGCAAGGCUUGUCAUUUGCUUGUCGAGUUGGAAUACAAGGCUUGGUGGGCCAUCAAGGAGCUUAAUAUGGACCUUGGGGAAGCCGGAAAGAAAAGAUUGAUGAAAUUGAAUGAAUUAGAGGAGCUUCGUUUCGAUGCGUAUGAGAAUUCAAGGCUUUAUAAGGAGCAAACAAAGAAGUGGCACGAUCAAAGGAUAAAGUUCAAAGAAUUCAAGGUUGGAGAUGAAGUUUUACUUUUCAACUCUAGACUUCGUCUUUUCCCCGGAAAAUUGAAAUCCAAGUGGUCCAGUCCUUUCAAGAUUUCUAAUGUUACUACCUAUGAGUCCUUUGAGUUAGAUGCGGGUAAUCAUAAGUUUUGGGUUAACGGACACCGCAUCAAACUCUAUCAUUCAAAGAACGAAGUUGGUCGUAUUGAGUGCCUUAGGCUUGAUCCCAUGGAUUACGAGCCUUCCCUUGUAGAACUUUAA